UACUUCAUGGCUAUGAGGGAAGGGAAGCAGUAGGAUUAAGCAGGCGGAAGAGAGAGGAGGGAGUUAAAAUAUUGCAAUUCAAAUUCAUGCUUCUGAGGUUUUUCUCCUGCCUUGUCAGAGCAAUGGCAGGACCAAGACCGGUGGUGUUGAGCGGGCCUUCCGGAGCGGGGAAGAGCACUCUGCUCAAGAGGCUUCUCAAGGAGUACGAAGGGGUGUUUGGCUUCAGCGUCUCUCACACGACAAGGAACCCAAGACCUGGAGAAGAGAAUGGCAAGGGCUUGCACUGUCUCCCUUUGUAUCUUGAGGCGACAACAUUAUUGCCCCUAGCAGACAUCCUGCCUCCGGCUAGAGAUUACCAUUUUGUGACCAAAGAGGUGAUGCAGCAGGGAAUAGGUGCAGGUGAUUUCAUUGAGAAUGCAGAAUUCUCUGGAAACAUGUAUGGAACAAGCAAGGCAUCAGUGCAGGACGUGCAGGCCAAGAACCUGAUCUGUAUUCUGGACGUCGACAUGCAGGGGGUGAAGAACAUCAAGAAAACCGACCUGAACCCCAUCUAUAUCUCCGUGCAGCCACCCUCCGUUGAAAUUCUUGAAAAGAGGCUGCGGGACAGGCAAACAGAAACUGAAGAAAGUUUACAGAAGCGACUUGAUGCGGCGAGAACUGACAUGGAGAUCAGUAACGAGCCUGGUCUAUUCGAUAUUGUAAUUAUAAAUGAUGAUUUGGAAGAGGCAUAUGGAAAAUUAAAAUCUGUUCUCAUUGAGGAAAUUGAGAAGGUCCAGGAAUCCAAUAAGUCCUAACACAGAGAACCUGAGACGGCUACCUUGCAGGCCAUUCCUGACAAACGGAUAACCAGCCUUCCAUUCCAGUAUUUAACAUCUCCAUAGGAGCUUUCCCUUCCUUCAGCCAGCCGGUCUGUACUGACCAAAACAAAGACCACUAAUAAUAAUAUUAUAAUUACCUCUCAAUUUAACAUAGGAACUUACAAAUAUUUUAUGAUGUGUUUGUGCAUUUUGAAGGUUUAUUUAUCCUUUUUUUAUUAUUAUUUCUAGGGUUAUAUUUACUAUACAUUUAUUUAGCAGCCCUUCUUGUCUACUGCUGUGCUUGGGUUGCUAAAAAAAAUGUGAGGUGCUUUUUUUUUGUUUUUGUUUUGUUUUUUGUUUUUUUUAAGAGAAUUAGUACUGGUUUUCCUGUAACGUGUACUCAGCAGCCACAAGACACCAGCUUGAAUAGUUACUUUGUGAUUUAAGUACUCCAUUGUUUGGGUGUAUUUAUAACACAAGAUAAUCCACAACUGUGGUUGUGGGCUUUUUAGUAAAAAAAAAAAAA